AUGCUGGUUGAUCUGCAUGAUGAUUUGGGCAAUGCAAUUGCUCAAGCGGUUGUCGACGAGUACCGACGGCCGUCAAACCUCGAAAAUAAGGCUCUGCAACAAUUUCGAAAUGCCAGGCCAAAAGAGACAGAAACGACUGUUCUAGCGGGCUUGGUCAAAAUAGAGCCUAAUAGUCGCCCGAUUCAUCAAACCAAGCGACAGAAAGUUGACGAAAAGCCCCAGCUAGAUGUACUAGCUGUAUGUACAGGAAUGAAGGUCACGCCCGCCUCGAGAAUAGAGCGUGGCCAAGGGAGAAUAGUUCACGACUCGCAUGCAGAGAUCUUAUGCUUGAGGUUGUUCAACUGGUUGGUGUUGCAAGAAAUGAACGCCAUAAGAGAAAACAAUGGUUCUGAUCUGCUCAUUCAAGACCAUGUUACUGAACAAUUCAAGUUCAAGCACAAUUUGCAGUUUGCUUUGUACAUUAGUGAAAUACCCUGUGGAGAUGCCUCCACCGAGAAUUUGCGAGACUCAUUUUUAGAUCAGACAGACUGGAACAACUUAGAGGAGACAGAGGGAAUAUUCAGGGGCCGGAGUGGCCUGAAUAUGCUUGGACGCGUGCGGACUAAACCUGGAAGAAAAGAUUCUCCGAUCUCGUACUCUAAAUCCUGCUCCGACAAACUGUGUCUCAAACAGUUCACCUCAAUGCUCAGCAGUCUCGUCUACGACUUGGUGGAUGACCCGCCUUACUUGAGUUUUUUGGUGCUCCCGAAAGAGAAAAUCAAUACAACUGCAUUAGAACGUUGUUUCCGCGAUCGAAUAAAGAUGACACCAGAAGUCUCUUCAUAUUAUCACCCGCUCAAAGUUCUAGCUACAGACUUGCCAUGCCAGUUCACUGGUAGCACACCGUCAAAUCUAGCGAUACUCUAUUGUCCGCCUCGGUCGUAUAUACAGGUGCUAAAUAAGGGUGUCAGAAACGGGUGUCCAGCGAAAAAGGGAAUCGAAUACCAGCACCAGAGCGACGUUUCGAGGGAAAAACUUGCAGAACUAGCAACAAAGCUCGCACCGCACCAAUUCAAAGACUAUAAAGAGCUCAAAAGACGUGCAAGUGUGAGCGCACGUAAGAAAUCAGCGCGUGAGGCCAUUGGCCACUGGGGAAAAAGCAGCGAGGACAACUUCGCUCUCAGUCACGAAUGA